AUGAAGCUCCCGACCUAUGGAAUUUCAUUCAGAAAUGAAACAAAAGCAGGACUGUGGAAGAAACUUCGCGUGCACGUCGACAAAAUCAAGAUUGAGGUUGUUGCGAUGGCAGGGACUGCAUGUCACACGGUGACAUACACGCCUCCUUACCACAGUGACCUGCAGCCUAUCGAGAUUGCGUGGGCCAUUGUCAAGUGCCAGGUUGGGCGCCAGUACACCCAAGACACGACGUUUCGUCAAGUCCUGGUACGGCUCAAGGAAGCCUUCGAGGACCUCAAGGUUAGCAGCAUCAAGGGUUGCAUACACAAGGCCGACAGCCAGCUGUACAAACUCGAGGAGUACAUCAAGCAGAAGCAAUACGAGGACGCAUGGGGCAACGUGAGCGACAGCGAGAGUGACAGCAAUUCCGACAGCGAUAGUAGUAGUAAUGAAUCGAGUAACUUUGAAUCAGAGACAUAA